GAGGGGGACACAGAGAGAGAGAGAAUAGAGACAGAGGGAGACACAGACAGAGAGAGAAUGGAGUCAGAGACCGAGAGGGACGCACAGUGUGUGUGGAUGGAAGGGGAUGUGGUGCAGACACUCAGAGCCUUGGGGUCCCCCGGGCCUCUGGUCGAAGAGGGCAUGCUUUGCCAGGCAGCGAGCGAGGGUCCAUGCUCCCUCCACUUUACCGCCUUGUGUUCCUGGCUGGCGUCUGAGCUGAAGUCCAUAAGCCCUCUGGAGGAAUGCAUCACCCCGACGACGGGCCCUGAAGAUUCGGAAACCUUCCAACUGGAAGCCAGCGGCUUGGUGAAUGAGUUGCGCUGCCCCUAUCCGUCACUCACCGCGGGCGAUGUGACCUCCAGGCUGAACAACACAGAGAGCUGUCUCCAGCUGCUGUUGUUCCUGGGCUCGGAGCUCCUGGCAGCUAGAAUCUUACACGCCAGGAAGCCCUUGGCGCAGUGCCAGGUACCGAGGGACGCUGGCGAUGGUGAUGACAACGAGAUCCUCAAAGAACUGCAGCCUCUGUGCCAGACGCUGGGUAUGGCUGAACCCACCCGAGACACCCCUGUGCCCCAACUCUUUAGAGACCUGGAAACUAAACUCCGAGAUGUCAGUGCCGGGUUGCCGGAGGGUGGAGUGGGAAAAGCCCUGCUGAGCAAGAGCCUGGGGCCGGAACAAUGGGAGAACCUGAAGGAGAUCCAUCAAGCGCUGAGUGUUGAGUACGUAUGCCGUCGGCAGAUGCUGGUCACUCGCCUGGACGUGACAGUGCAGUCGUUCCACUGGGCCGAGGGAGCGCAGCAACACGGAGCUGUGAUGCGGCAGCUGUACCAGCCUCUGAGAGAGGCCCUGAGCGCCAGGAGCAGUAUAACUCUGGCCCACUUGCUGUCUGCUCGCGAGGACCUGUCUGUCAUCACCAAGACCACCAGCAAAAGCAGCCGGGAGAGAACGGCCUGCCCCGUCAACAAGGUUCUGAUGGGGCCUGUGCCGGAUCGGGGAGGGAGACCUGGUGAGAUUGAGGCACCCAUGCCGACUUGGGAGGACCGUCGGAGAGGUGGCAGCGCUGGUGGGCGCAAACAGAAAUGGAGGGGCAAAGGGCGGAAGCAGAAAUGAAGCUAAACCGGGAGCCGAUCCUCUUCACCCUCUGAAGAUCGAUGGAGGAGUCACUUCCCCCCGGGGCCUGAGUGUGAAAAUACUCAAGUGGCUAUGUAGAGUUAGGACCUGGAGCUCCUUGGACUGGGGUGAGAGAGAAUGAGAGUGUGCGCGUGCAUGUUUGUAUGUGUGAGAGAGAGUCUGUUUGUACGUGUGU